AUGCCUUCCAACAAGAUUUGGCUUCGUGCUGAAACCAAGCCCGCCGAGGCUCGGUCUGCUUUGACCCCGACUACUGCCAAGGCUCUUAUGGAUGCUGGCUAUGAAGUGACCGUAGAACGCUCUACACAGCGAAUCUUCGAUGAUGAGGAAUUCGCAAAGAUUGGUGCCCCACUAGUUGAGGAGGGAUCCUGGGUCAAGGAUGCUCCAGAAGAUGCAUACGUUUUGGGUCUCAAGGAACUGCCCGAAGAUGACUUUCCUCUUAAGCACGUCCAUAUCACCUUUGCCCACUGCUACAAGCAACAAGGGGGCUGGGAGAAGGUUCUCAGCCGGUGGCCUCGUGGAGGCGGAACCCUCUUGGAUUUGGAGUUCCUCACAGAUGAAAAGGGGCGGAGAGUUGCUGCUUUCGGAUGGUCCGCUGGCUAUGCUGGGUCCGCAUUAGCUGUUAAGAACUGGGCUUGGCAAUUGACUCAUCCUGAGGGCGAGCCUUUGCCCGGUGAGGUUCCGUACGCAAACCAGGAUCUUCUGACCAAGUCCGUGAAAGAGUCGCUGGAAGCUGGAAAGAAGCAAUCCGGCCGGUCCCCCAGGAUUCUUGUUAUCGGUGCUCUUGGACGUUGUGGCAACGGCGCUGUACAACUGGCCAAGGAUGUUGGUAUCCCCGAAUCUGAUAUCAUCCAGUGGGAUAUCGAGGAGACGAAGAAAGGCGGUCCUUUCCAGGAGAUUGUCGAUGCAGAUAUCUUCGUCAACUGCAUCUAUCUUUCUAGCGAAUCUAUUCCCCAUUUCGUCAACCAUAAAUCUCUCUCCACCCCUAACCGUCGUUUGUCUGUCAUUUGCGACGUGAGCGCUGACACCACUAACCCCAACAACCCUAUUCCCGUGUACGAUAUCACCACCACUUUCGACAAGCCCACAGUGCCUGUCACCCUGCCGGCGGGAACGCAAGGGCCCCCUCUUAGCGUGAUCAGUAUUGACCAUCUUCCCUCGCUUCUCCCUCGUGAAAGCUCCGAGAUGUUCAGUCAAGCACUGCUUCCUAGUCUGUUGAAGUUGAAGGAUCGGCAGGAGGCUCGCGUCUGGACGCAGGCGGAAGAUCUGUUCAAGCAGAAGUUGAUGCAAGAAAAAUCAACCACCGUCGCCGCAUAUGCGGCCGGCGCCUCCCUCGCCGCUGUCGCCCUUUUUUACGUCUUCGGACCCAACUACACAAUCGAUGGGGAUGAGUCGAGUGAUAGCAACCGUAAAAAGAGCAUUGUCGGUUUAUCCAAUCCUGCCAAUGACUGCUUCAUCAACUCAGUCUUGCAGGCGCUUGCUGGCCUGGGCGACCUGCGUGUUUAUCUGAUUAGAGAGCUCCAUCGGCGUGAACUGGAUGGCCCGGAGGUCUAUAACUCUCUUCCGGAUGUAAAGGAUCUCGCCGGCGGUGAGAAGCCGGAGAAGAUCCGGGAGCUGCAGCAGGGCACAAUCACCCGGGCUCUGAAAGAGAUGUUAGACCGGUUGAAUGAGCGCCCGAUUUACAAGAAGACAAUUUCGGCGCGACCAUUCAUCCAGGCUCUCGAAUACGCAUACCGGACCCGGAUUAGUCGUAACCAACAGGAUGCACAGGAGUUCCUGCAAAUCGUUGCCGAACGGCUUUGUGAUGAAUACCAUGCCGGUGUCAAAACUCGACAAAGACUGCAGGGACCCAUUGACGUACCCACAGGCUCGGAAAUCCCACAAAGAACCGAAAGUGUCACAUCUGCCAAGAGCCCAGCUGAGGUCGAGGUUCGCAUUGACGAUGGAUCUGAGAACGGCCUGCCGGCAAUCAUCGAUACCAAACUCAAGGAGAUCGACAACGAGUAUGGUUUUCCGUUUGAGGGAAAGCUCGAGUCUCAAAUUGAAUGUCAAUUCUGCCAUUAUAAGUAUAAACCUAACCAGACAUCAUUUGUGAACUUGACAUUACAAGUGCCGCAGAAGAGUUCCACCACGCUCAGUGCGUGUUUCGAUGGCCUCCUCAAGACCGAACACAUCGACGAUUUUAGGUGUGACAGAUGCUGUCUGCAGCAUGCACUUGAAGUGAAAAUGCAAGAACUGAAGCAAACACGCGGAGUCAAAGAGCAGCAGCUCCUCCAGGCCGAAAUCCACAAAAUACAAGAUGCUUUGUCAACAGACCCAGAGGGCCCGCUCGAAGGUGUUACUCUUCCGCCCGCAGAUGCUGCUCCCAAGCGAAAGAUCGCACGCCAUAUGCGUAUUACGGUCUUCCCGAAGAUCAUUGCGAUCCAUCUCUCACGGUCUAUAUUCGACCGCAGCAGUUCUACCAAGAACGCGGCAAAGGUAGCAUUCCCUGAACGACUUCCGCUGGGAGGUAUCCUGAAUCAGAAAUGGUUCAAACUGCUAGCGAUUGUCUGUCACAAAGGCAGUCACAACAGUGGCCAUUACGAAUCAUUCCGACGAAACCAUCUUUAUCCGCCUUUCUCGACUCCGGAUGUCUUCCGUUCGUAUGCACAGAGCCGAGUUACAAGUGAGAACCCAUCGCAAGUACCAAGUCCUCGCAUGGUACCUCGCUCCUUGGAUGCAGAGCCUCCAGCUCUUAGCAUCUCGACAUCAACCUCGUCGCCAUCUUCUUCGUCUCUUUCUCCGGCCCCGUCACGAUCCCCAUCUAGGAAGAAGUCUGCAUCUCAGUUGAAUCCCCCGACAUCCCCGGCUCCCCGGCCAAGCACGUCAUCGAGCUCCCGUGUUUCCUUCCAAAGUAGCCGCACCAAAUCCAAGCAGAACCUGUCUCCGACGUCGGAUCCUCAGAGUCCUGUCACUGACAGUGGACGCUGGAGCAAGUCCAACUCGCGCCCAUCAUUCAUGAGCGAUCGCAUAACCCCAGGUACUUCCGCUGAGACUUCGUCCGGUCCCACUUCUCGUCUUCGUCGUCGUCGUAAGGCAAAUGAUCGAUGGUGGCGCAUCUCGGAUGAGAAGGUCAAGGAAUGUAAGACAUCAGAUGUUCUGGGUAUGCAGAAAGAGGUCUACCUCCUAUUCUACGAGAUGGAGAAGCCACCCAAUGGCCCACAGGUUUCAUAA